AUGGAGUACCUGAUUCGUUUUGUCCAGGUGCACGAAAGCUUUCGACGCCCUGAACUCGAGGCCCUGUCAAAACUCGCGGGCGUGCAUUGCGAGGUCGUCUCUUGCAUUGAGGACUCGCCGUUUUGUGUGGUCAGGUUUCACGACCUACAACAUGCACGAAAGGACGACGUUGGGUCGGGUGACGAUAUUGACGUGGAUGAGAGAGUGCGGGGCUUCGAGAGCAGGGCCAUCCUCUCAAAGUGCGUCUACGAAAUCUGGGGCAUCGGCUGUAACUACGACGAACUUCAUGGAGACGUGUCGACUCGCAGCCGCCAUCUAUGGGCUCACUACAAACACCUCUCAUUCAAAUUUUCAGUGGACUGCUACGGGAGCACGCGAGAUGUGGCACAGCAGAAGAAGAUUAUCGAUUCAUUCUGCUAUCUUGGCUUCGAGGGCAAAAUUAGGAUGAAGAACCCAGACGUCGAGUUCGCCGUGCUGGAAGAGUGGGUUACUCCAUGUCUCCAAAUCAAUGGUGACAACGCCAAUGAGUGGAAUGGAGCCCCUUAUGAUCCCGUGGCGCGGACAAGUUUGAGGCGAAUCAUGUUGGUUCGCAAGAUCGGUGACUCCCGUCGUUGGCUGAGGGAGAAGCAUGAUUUGAAGAAACGACCGUACAUUUCCACAACCUCGAUGGAUGCUGAACUUGCCCUUCUAACCGCCAAUCUCGCACUGGCGUGUCCAGGCAAAAUCUUCCUGGACCCUUUUGUCGGCACCGGGGGUUUCAUGGUAGCGGCUGCCGAACUGGGAGCUGUUGUGCUUGGUUCAGACAUUGAUGGUCGAAGUUAUCGAGGCAAAGGCGGUGGUGUGGAAAAAGGGGUGGGCGCCAAUUUCAAAAAGUAUGGUUUGUCCCAUUUGUUUGGAGAUUGCCUCACGUCGGACUUGGUCAACACGCCUUUUCGGGCUUCACCGCCCACCCAGCAGUCUUCAGACGGUAGGUGGUUGGAUGGCAUUGUUUGUGAUCCUCCAUAUGGCGUGCGGGAGGGCUUAAAGGUGCUCGGGACGAGAAAGGCGGCCUCAACAGAGUCGAAUAGUGUGGCAACCGAGUCGCCAACAGGACCUCCGAUACACUGCAUUGACGGUGUUCCAGCGUACACAUUGCCCGGAUAUAUUGCACCCAAGAAACCUUAUUCCUUCGCGAGGAUGCUAUAUGACAUCUUAGCAUUUGCUGCAAGAACAUUGGUCGAUGGAGGUAGGCUUGCGUUCUGGAUGCCCAGUGCGAACGAGAACGACGUGGCAGAAGAAGUGACUGUCAUACCCAUGCAUCCUAACCUAGAGUUGAAACACGAAUGCAUCCAGAAGUUCAACAAAUGGAGUCGCAGGUUGCUCGUCUACGAGAGGCGUCCCGGAAUGUUGGUCCCCAAGAUAGACAUGGAUGGAGUCGAUUGUGCGGGAGGACAAGUGGACGGUACAGCUGAUGAGUUGAAUCCGUUUCGCAAGAGAUACUUCCAGCCGAUUGCAGAUAGAAUGGGAAGCUAG